CGAAUUGAAACCGGUAUCCCAAAACGAUAUCGCGAUGAAUAUAUAUUGACAGAAAAAAAGCAAUUAAGUAAGUUAUUCUGAAGGUUAGAAUCUUUCAUUUUAAAAUAAAUUUUAACAAAAUAGACUAAUUGUGAUUUUAAAUGGAAAUUAAAUGAUUUUGUUAAGUUAUAUAUAAAGUUGUUUGAUUAUCCUUAUUCUAUGUGAUAUAUUUAUUUCGAUAGAAGAAAAAAAAAUGUGGCACGAAGCUCGCCGGCAAGAGAGGCGCUUGAAGGGCAUGAUGGUUGAUUAUAGUCAAAGAGCCGAAAGACGGAAAGCUUAUUACGAUAAAAUUAAAUUGGAACCUAAACAAUUUCUUCGGAUUUUCGGAACAAACAUGAAAAUUCAUAUAGAUCAAACUGUUUAUGAAAAUGCAGAAAGCACUUUAGUUCCAUGGCAAAACGAUCCAAACCUCAUAAUAGAUCGUUUUGAUGUUCGCGCUCAUUUAGAUUUCAUUCCUGAUGAUCAAAAUUCUGCAGAUGAUGGAAUUCUACCUUCCAAAGAAGCUGAUGAAGAGAAUAAAUGUAAUUAUGAGAGAUAUAGAAUUUUAGUUCAAAACGAGUUUGCUGGCGUAAACGAAGAACAAUGUCUUAAACAAAUUCAUAUAGACGAGCAAUAUGGAAAUACAAAAAUUAAGGAAGAGAAGAAAAAACCAGUAGAAAAAAAAGCAGCAAUUGCCUUUACCUAUGAAGAUUCCGAAACUGUUCCUGCACCAGUGAAAGGCGAAAAAGAAGAAGAAUUUGAAGAUGAUGAUAUGGAUUUAGAUAUGGAAGUUGAUGUAGAAAAAUUAUCUAAAGAACAAGUAGAGGAAAUGAAUAAGCAUGCUAUGAAAUACGGAAUGAUUAAAAAUGAAUAUUAUCAAGCUUUAUUAAAAGAUAAACAAGAAGCGGAAGAAAUUCGUAUGGCCAAAUUACUUGAAGAGGAAAAAGCUCAAUUUUCUGGUAGAAAAGCUAGGAAAGAAAGAAGAAUAUAUAAAGAAAAAAGAAUACGAGAAAGAGGUCGAUUAAGUCCACCAAGUUAUGCCGUUCGCGAAAGCCCAAAGCGAGAGAAUAGCCGCAGAGAGUCCUCAAGUUCUCGAUCAUCUUCUCCAGGGGAGGAGCGUAUAACAUUUAUUACUAGUUUCGGAGGCGACAGUUCUGAUGGGACAAAAGGUGUUGUUCAUGGCCCUGCUAUUCCUCGUCACCUUCGCAAAAACCAUCAAAUUAUCGCAAUAAAAGAUAUAAAAGAUCACGAUCGCGAAGUAGAAGCCGGAAACGAAACAGAAGAUUUCGACGAUCUACAUCAAGUAGCUCAUCACAAUCUAAAUCCCCAUAUUCUUCAAUUAGACAGAGUUCGCGAAGAGCCAGACGCGAUUCAUCUAGUUCAGUAUCUUCUGACAGAUCGAUCGAAGUCAUCUUCAAAGUCUAAAUCACCCGAAGUAAAAGUACCUAUAAAAAAAUAUAGACGAAAAAGUCUAGAAGAAAGCGUUAGCGAUAGCUCAUCAUCAUCGGCCGAUGAAGCAACAACGAAUUCAACAGUUCGCUAUAGAACAGGCCAAUCUAUAGCGAUGCCCGGUAAAAGUCGUUCCUUGAAUAAAAAGGCUCUCUCUCAACGAGAAUUAUUACAGAAACGAAUGCAAGCUCAGCUUUCAAAGCAUUACAAAGCAGACAAGAGAGCAGAAAAAGAGCGUCACGAGCGUGAAGAGCAGGAAAGAAUGGAUAGAGAAGAUGAACUAAGAGAAUUGUCACUAAUGCUGCGAAAACGAGAUCGCGAAAGACGUCAAGAAGCAGAUCUAGAUCGAAAAGUAGAAGUCGAUCAAGGAGAUAUAGAUCAAGAUCAAGGUCAACUAGCAGGUCAAGAAGAACACGAUAUCGCUCCUAUUCGCGUUCACCUAGACGAAGACGUUCGCGAUCUUCUAGAUCAUCGAGAUCGUCAUCAAGAUCCAAUAGACGAGCAAAAUUAG